AUCUACGCGAUAACUGACGAGCGUCAGUCGAUGGCCGGCUCUGUACGACCGGCGAAUAAUAUAAAUGACAUAUCAAGCCAGAUAAUAAAUUGCGAUUAUAAAAAAUCAAAAUAACAUAAAUCUUUCUACUAAAUUAUUAUUCUCGACGACACGGCAACACAACACCAAUAAUAUUAAUAAUAUAUAACCGUCAGUCGCGAGAUAGGCGACCGCAGUCGACGAUCAUAACUCACCUACGACACGUACCAUUACAUAUCAUACGCGCAGUGCUGAUAUCGAGUACCCGAAUACACGUCCGCAGGUACUCCACCUGACCGUUAGCGCCGACGCCCGUGUGUAGGUUUUGGGUCCAUCGCCUUCGGAUCCAUACGCACGUCGUCGCCUUUGCAUCUACACAUACGUCCCAACCUUUUUCGGACGUACACCCGACCAUGUCCAUGUCGUUUCGACGAUGGCCACUGCUGGUCGCCCUGCAGUGUUUCGUCGCUUACGUCGCGAUCGGGCCGGACCAGGUCCUGGCGAACCGGAAGUGCGAUUCCAGACACUUCGCAGCCCUAAACGGAAGCGGAUUCAAUGAGUGUCAUCAGAAUGAAUCGUCAUCAUCGUCACCCACGGGACAGCCGGAGCAACAGCGGCGAUACGCCUCUUUGUCGGCCGACGACAAUAAGAACGUUUCGUUCCUAGUUCAAAGAGACAUGUACCGCGAUAAUAAACAAAACGAAAUAUUGUUGUCAAACACGAUUCAAGGAUUGUUUUUCGCGAGUCCUCCAAUGGCUGUGUUAAGCAGUUCGAACGAAUUAUGCAAGAACCACAGUCAAAUUUAUUUAAGAGAAUUAGAAAAAUUAACAAUAUGGGCAUUAAGAAUGUACGACUCUUCAGCAAAAAUACCAUCGGGCAUUCUGAACGGAAAUAUAAACCAGUUCGGAGACUUCGAUCAAUGUCUUAGAGUGAACGAUGAAAACUCGGGCAUUCAGGGACAGUAUUGCUUAAUGUACGUAGAAAUGACGUUGCCAUCAAAUUCCAACGAAAAAUUAAAAUACAUAAUCGAUCUAAUGCAUUCACACUCAGCUUUUCGUAGUCGGUUGGAAGACCCUGGCCAUCGCGUCCCGAGGUUUUCCACCAUGAACUGGGCUAUUUGCACUCCGGCGAGCUGUUCUCCAGCCGACAUCGAACAUGAAAUGUACCUAUUGCUGUCGAAAUACAUCGACACGACCGAAAUCAAUUUGCGUCUUAAAGUUGAUCCGGACAUGUGUCAGACGUAUAGGCCUUCUAUCGUGCCGACGACGGGUUCGUUGAUCGCAGUGUCGAUUUUUGGAAUUCUGUUCCUGGUCAUAAUCUUGUCUACCGUUAUGGACAAGUAUAACAUGUUCCAGAGUGCAGAAAGCACCACGUCAAAGGUACUGUACUCGUUUUCAUUGAAGAGGAACGUUCGGCAGCUGUUGAGCGUUAAUGAAUCACCUGAAGACAUCGGGUCAGUUCACGGGAUCCGUGCGCUGAACGCUCUCAUGCUGCUGGCGUCUCACAAGUCCAUGGCGAUGUUUUUCAACCCUUAUUCGAACAGGACCGCCAUGACGGAGCAUCUCGGGAAGCAGUGGACUGUUAUUGCUCGGGCGGCGAGUCUCUACACGGAUCCUUUCAUAUUCAUGAGUGGAUUAUUGACUACGAUAUCGUUCUUGAGACAUUUAGAUCGAAGGGGCAAGAUCGAUUUGCCAAAAGAAUUCCUUUCUAGAUUUGCCAGACUAGUGCCGACGAUGGGCGCCAUCAUAUUGUUCUGCACGCUGAUUUUACCAAAUUUGGGUUCCGGUCCGCAAUGGAAUCUAGUGGUCAAACACCACGCUGACAUUUGCGAAAAAACAUGGUGGAGAAACUUCCUGUUCAUCCACAAUUACUUUGGCUUCAAAAAUAUGUGCUUGUCACAUACGCAUCACAUCGGAAUCGAUUCACAGCUGUUCAUGGUAUCACCGCUGCUCGUGUGGACUUUGUGGAAGUGGCCUAGGAGGAGCAUGGCCGCUCUCGUGGGGCUGGCGGCUAUCUCGACCGGACUUCGAUACUACGUGACGCUAACGAAAAAAUUGAACUUGUUUAUCAAUUUUGGAAGCUCGGUUUCGCAAAUGUAUGAUACCGCAGACCUCUCAUAUAUUUUGCCGACUCACAGGCUGACCGUGUACAUUAUGGGCAUUCUAUUGGGUUACUGCCUGCGAUACGUAGGAAGAAACUACCCGUUGAAAAGCGGCCACUUGAAGUUGGGUUGGAUCGUUGCUAUUGGAUUCUUCUACGAAGCGUUUAUACACCCUGCCAAAAUGGGCGACAUAGAUUACGUGUACAACGCCAGCGAUGCCGCCAAUUAUGCGGCUUUUGCGCCCAUCUAUUGGUGUAUUUUUUUCAGUUGGAUUAUAUUCGUCUCAUACACGGGCAAUGGAGGAUUCGUAUCGUCGUUGUUUUCUUGGAAAGGAUUUAUCGUGUGCACACGUUUGUCUUACACGUUCUACUUAACACAAUUUCCGGUAUUUUUCUACAACGUGGGAAGUCAUAGAUCUGCAUUGGAAUACAGUUUUGGAUUGAUCAUAAACAUCAAGGAGAUGCUGGCCAUCGUCAUGGUGUCCGUGGCACUCACCGUAGCCGUCGAGAUGCCAUUCAACAACAUCAGAACGUCAUUCGUAAAGAAGUCGUCCAGGAACGAGACAGAAGCGCCUACCUCCGUGCCAAGCGUGGGAGGCGAUACAGAGUCGCGCCGUAACCGAUGAGAGAUUUCAUCAUACGCUCGUGCCCGAGGGCUCAAUAUUACAUUAUUCAUCAUUAUUAUCUGUCAUCUCGUCAUCGAUCACAUCGUUCAUCACACGCGCACACGGUCACGCUCAAAAUUUCCAUAAAAUUUAGCGUUUAGGUUUUAAAUCGGUUCACUCUCUCUUUACAUGGCCGCCUCUGUAGUGAAAAACACAGAACAUUCACGCAGGUGUUUUGGAUACACACGCAUUUAUAGGUUUUUUUCAAACAUAUUCAUACAAACAGUCGACGCACUCGCACGUCGGUUCACAAAUUUGCCAAUUGUUUCAACGUAUUAGACUGAACUCAAGCGCAACGCAAUCGACUUGCCCUGCGCUGUCGUAGUAAAUUGUAGUAUCGAUGUAUAGUUUAUAAAGCGUACAAAAAAAAUUAAGCUCAAUAAUUUUUUUUUAAACAUUGUACUUGCCAUUUCAACAAGCUGGUGUACUACUUAUAGGUUAGUUUACAUGUACAUACGAUUCAGUAUAGAAUUAGUUAGGUAUUUAUCAUUAUUAUUAUUAUUAUCAUCAUCAACAUAUUAAAUAAUUAAUGAACUCAUAAUAAUAAAGUUCUAAAUCCAUAUUUAUACUUUAUCAUAAUUAUUUUGGGUGUUAUAAAAAUAAAAUCAUUAUACGUUAAACCUAUUGAUAUAUCAUGUACUAUAUAUUAUUAUUAUUAUUCUAUAUUGUGUUUGUAGUUUUUAAUAAUAAAUAAAAACAAAUUAAAAAUAUA